AUGGGCUUUAGUUCAUUGAAUGGUAGGGACGAUGAGUCAAAGAAAAGGGGUGGGGGAGCGCUUGGAACAAAGAAGGAUGUUAAGGUCAUAGAGAUAUUAUCCUUGACCUGUUUCCCUCUGUGUCAGGCUGAGGUGGAGUUGUGCGGAGGAGAGGCUUUCAUUUUGAACCAGCUGCAUAAUGGUCCUCGCUCAGUGGAUAAUAUUAAGAAAAUUAGGGAGCGUAACAGAGAAUUGAACAAGUUUCUAACCAUGGAAGAAUUGUUCUGGAAACAACGUGCGCAGACUAAGUGGUUAGCUCAUGGUGAUUGUAAUACAAAGUUCUUUCAAAGGAAAGCAUGCUCAAGGAAGAAAAGGAAUGAGAUCAAGGGGUUAGAGAAUUCACGUGGGGUUUGGUGUGAAGAGUUGAGAGAUAUUACUACUAUUGUUGAAUAUUAUUUCUCGAAUCAUUUUAGCUCUAAUGGGGUUGAUGCUACUGCGGUGGAGAUGACCACGUCCAAUAUGGUUACGGUAAUGUCGGAUGAACUCAAUAGGGAUUUGAUGAAGCCUUUUGAUAAAGAUGAGAUCCAAAAGGCAUCCAAGGCUCCGAAAUCAAAUGGUUUACAUGCCAUUUUUUAUCCAAAAAAUUUGGGCCACUGUGAGCAAGGACGUGGUCUAGGUUUAUUUGAAUGUGCUCAACAAUGGGAUGGGGAUGGGGAUCUGAAUAAAACAAAUAUGGUGCUUAUUCCUAAAGUCACUAGCCCUUGUAAUAUUUUGGAGUUUAGAUCGAUAAGCUUGUGCAACGUAAUUUACAAGGUAAUUAGUAAAGCUAUUGCUAAUCGGUUUAAACUUGCACUCUCAUUGCUAGUAUGGUUUUGUCUCUAUAUGAGUUGGAAUAGGUUUAAUAACUUGUAG